CUCAUUCUUGUCAUUGUUUCUUAUAUCCACAGUGUUUAUUUAUUUGAGCUAUUCAACCUUCGAAAUCUGAAGAAGUCUUUUACAUAUAUUUUAAGGGUAUGAUGGAAUGGUCUGCUACAUCUGCUACAAAAGCUUAUCUUGAUACCCUUAAACUGUCAAGGAAGACACCAGAACCUGGGAGCAGUGAAUUUGUAUCAGCCUUAGCAGCUGGCAUGAAGUCUAAACUCAUAGUGGAGGUAGCAUCUGGUGUUUCCCCAUCAACUAUAGCCUUAGCAGCUGCGGCGCGAGAAACUGGUGGGAGGCUAGUGUGUAUUCUUCCAGAGCCAGUCCUUUGUGAAUCAAAAAGAGUAAUUAAAGACUUGGGUCUUAAGGACCUGGUGGAAUUCAGAACUGGAGACCCCUCCGAGCUAUUGCACAACUAUGAGAACAUCGAUUUCUCUCUUGUUGAUUGCAAGAAUGACGGGUACACUAGGUUUCUGAAGUUGCUAGCUGUUAAUCCUAGAAGGUCAGUGGUGGUUGCAAACAACUUGGUGGGUGAGAAAAAAGGGUUGGAAGGCCAUUUGAGAGGAAUGAAGGAAAAGGUUGUAGUGAGGUCUCUGAAGCAUCCUAUUGGGAAAGGCAUGGAAGUUACUAUGAUAGGCAGAAAGGAAGAGACUCAUAAGAAGGAAGGGGUUGGAGGUUUUGGUCGUUCUGGAAUAGGAAUAAGAUCAUGUCGUUCCAUGAAGGGAACUGGCGGUAAGAGUAAAUGGAUUGUCAAGGUUGAUGAGGAGAGCGGUGAGGAACAUAUUUUCAGAGUGCCUAAAUCAGUUUAAGCCAAAUUUGUUUGGCAGGAAUGAUAAUAUUGUGCCCCAGAUUUUUGCAUAAAUUAUAUUUCUUAAGGUGUUAAUAUCAUGAAAUAGCAGGGCAAGAAGUGCUCAAUCAUGCUAGUAGGAGACAUUAUCAUCGUUCUCAUCCUCUGAAAUCUCUCAUGAGAUUUUGCAGCAUGUAAGCUUCAAGUUAUGUUAUUCUAAUAAUCAAUAUCAUUGCUCCUCCACAUUGCCAUACAGGACAAGCAUGGGCUUUAGUAGAUUGUUUUCUGUGAAAUCAGCAUAGCCCUCCUUUUAACAAUGUUGUUGACUAGAGGGGAUUUGUGGCUUAACUGAGAUAUGCAGAGUCUGAAAUCUUCAUGUUUGUUGCCUCAUUAGGUUUUGUGUAGCACUAAAUUUGACCUUGUAACCAUGUCGCCUAGUUUCAACUAGACUAUGGAACUAAUUUCAGUGUCAUCUAUCCUAUCUUAUGUACAAUGAAAGCCAUGUUGUAUUAUUUUUUUCAUUGUAU